UCUCCCCUCUCUAAUCCCUCUCAUCCCUCCCAUCCCUCCCAUCCCCAUACUAUACUUUUGAAUGUAUAGUACUACUACAGCAUAUGCUACUGUACUAACUACUAAUCCCUCUCUCUUGGCUUUUCUCAACUCCACCCUUCUUCCCUCCUCCUUCUCCCCUUUCGUCCACUCACAGCCCUUGCGGCAGCUAGCGAUGCGACGUUCCCCUCGUCUCUCCUCGCCUCUUUCCAUCUUUCUCGCCUCUUCGUCCUAAUACGGCCUGGCUGAUGUCUGGCUAGUAUCCUUGGUGUGAGCCUGUCAUGCUCCUAGUCGCGGUUCAUACCUUAAGAUGCUGGUUCUGCCCAAUGCGACUACUUUACCAGACUACUAACCACUCUGCUCCACUACCCAUCACCAACAGGCACACGACCACCUCACGACUACCCCGACGACGCUGUUAUCUGUGACCCUACACCCUCUACUCUCUCCUCAUCCUCACGGCCUCAUAUCUGCUUCGUCUUCAGUGCACUAUAUCCAUCUAUACCAUCGACGACAACGAAUCGAGUUAUAUUCUCUGACGGCACCCCUCACCUUUCACCACACAACCACUCCGCAGCAGACCACCAAUGAGUGAGCGGGAUCGUGUCCUCGUCUUUGUUGAGGCGAUGAACACGCCUCUAUAGCACCACUUCGCCCGCAUAUAGCGGCCCAAAAGAACCAAAACCAUAACCACAUACCGAAACACCGGCAUGAGCACGACCACCACCUACCACUGGGUCAACACCCUCACCUCCUCCCUCACCCCGACAACCUUCACCUUCACCUUCGUCCUCACACCCUCUAGCAAAUAUACGUUUACUUCCAAACUACCCCCCGCACCACCCCGCCCCGCUCCAUUCAAACGCCGCCGGCCCCUCUGGGACGUCGAUGGCUCCCCACACCCCACAAAGAAGAAGCGCCGCCUGCGCCUAGGUCUCGUCACCUCCCGCCUCUCCCGCCCCUACUCCUCUCCGGCGAGCAACAUCGCCGACCGCGGCGUCGCCCGUAUCGGCUCUGCUUCAUGGCCCGUCUCCCGCCGGCCUGAGAAGAACGAACUCCGCAAGGCCGCCAUCAUGAACCGCGUCCGCCAGCGCCUGAGUGUCUUGAAAGCGGCACAGGCUAAACCGCCGCCACCCGCUAGCGUCCCACAGAAACGGACACACUCGCAGCUCGUCUCUGCACUUGCACUGCGCGACGUCGUAGCACCGAUGGCGAGGACAUACGAGGUUCCAUCCCACCUUCCGCCUUCGCCGCUUGGGCUGUCAAAUUAUGACGCGCUCGAUCUGGAGGAGGAGGAGGGGCUAGGGAUGGAUAGGGAGGGAGAGGACAUCGAUGCAGAUAUGAGUGGGUGUGGCCGCGGAUACUAUAGCGAUUUCAGCGUCAGGCGGUCCCCGCGCCCGGAAGGGGAGGACUACGAUUACCUCGACGAGCUGGAUGGGAUUCCACCCUUAUCGCUGGCGGAGGAACCACCACCGUUGCCGCAGCUGCCGCCAUUAUCGAUUGCAAAGGCGGAGGCGAGGCAACUGGAUGAGAAGGCGGAGGUGGGGAUGGAUGUCUAUAUUGCGGGGGGAGCUCACGGAGCGGGGGCAUAUGUACUGGCGUAGUUGAGUGGGUGGACAUCUUCAUGGAUUGGCGACAGGCGGCAGGCAGCAUGGGGAUCAUUGCAUGGACAUGGAAAUGAGGAAAAGCUGGGAGUUGGGGUCUCCCCUGCAUGAAUGAACGGAGUAGGAUAAAAAUGACAUUCCUGUUUUGAUACCCAC